AUGAAGUACAUCCAAACCGAGCAAUUUGUUGAAGUCCCACAAGGUGUUACCGUCAACAUCAGAUCCAGGGUUGUCAAGGUCACUGGUCCAAGAGGUACUCUAGUCAAGAACUUGAAGCACAUUGAUGUUACUUUCACCAAGGUCAAUGAGAGACAAAUCAAGGUUGCUGUCCACAACGGUGACAGAAAGCACGUCGCUGCUUUGAGAACCGUCAAGUCCUUGGUUGACAACUUGGUCACUGGUGUCACCAAGGGUUACAAGUACAAGAUGAGAUACGUUUACGCGCAUUUCCCAAUCAACGUCAACGUUGUUGAAAAAGACGGCAAGAAGUUUAUCGAAAUCAGAAACUUCUUGGGUGACAAGAAGGUCAGAUUGGUGCCAGUCAGAGAGGGUGUUAACGUCGAAUUUUCUACCAAUCAGAAGGACGAAAUGGUCUUGUCCGGUAACUCUGUUGAAGACGUUUCCCAAAACGCUGCUGAUGUUCAACAAAUCUGCCGUGUCAGAAACAAGGAUAUCCGUAAGUUCUUGGAUGGUAUCUACGUCUCCGAAAAGGGUGUCAUUAAUGAGGAAGCUUAA